AUGGCUCUCAACGACCGGGAGACGUCCCAGCUAAGGGGCGCUCUGCAAGAAGCUGUGGUCAAGUGCUCUGAGAGGUGUCUCUACCAGGCGUCAAAGUGGGCGGCCGAGCUCCUCAAUGCGAUACCAGAACUUUCGAUAGACCUCGAUGAUUCUCAGCUAUCAGAUGCAGGGUAUGCGCCGACGGUGUUGGUCCAAAAUGCGGACCCGGAAGAGGCAGCACUCGAGGCAAAAGAAAUCAACAAGUACCUGUUGGCGAAGUCGCUAUUCGAUUGCCGGGAGUUUGACCGCUGUGCCGCCGUGUUCGUACCCGACUCGAUGCUAGCUGGAAUUGCCACUUCGAAAGAGGUCAACACGACCCCUAAAGGCAAAGGAAAGAGCAAGGCGACGAGUGCGAGGCCGGCGGCAUCUGGAACGGCACUGCCAAAACUCAGUCAACGAAGCCUCUUUCUGGCCUUGUACGCCAAGUUCUUGUCCGGCGAGAAACGAAAGGAUGAGGAGACGGAGAUGGUCAUGGGCCCUCAGGACCUUGGCACUUGCGUCAACAAGCAGUUGCUCACAGUCAGCCGCUAUCUGGAAGCUUGGUUCGAGGAGCGCAAGACUGAGGACGGCGAGGAUGCCGACAGUCAGGGGUGGCUGGAGUAUCUCUACGGCAUGGUCCUUGCCAAGCAGAAGAACGAAGAGCUGGCGUUAUACUGGCUUGUGCGUAGUGUGCACUUGUUCCCCAUGAACUGGGGAUGUUGGCUGGAGAUGACUUCUCUGAUCUCGCGCGUUGAGGAUCUCAACCGAAUAAUGCCACGCCUGCCUCAAAACAUCGUGUCCUUCAUGUUUCACAUCAAUACUUCUCUCGAGCUGUACCAGCAUGACACCAACCUUGCCAACUCGCUCGACCAGCUCCUGAACAUAUUCCCUACCUCAUCAUUCCUGUUGACGUGCGACGCUCUCCUUUCGUACCACGCCAAGGAUUUGGUCGCAGCUGAGCAACAUUUCAGUCGGUUGCUGUCUCUGCAUCCGCAUCGCUUGGACUCUCUUGAUCACUACUCGAACAUAUUAUAUGUAAUGAACUCACGCCCGAAGCUGGCCUUCCUUGCCCAUCUAUGCUCCAGCAUUGACAAGUUCCGGCCCGAAUCUUGCGUGGUCAUUGGUAAUUAUUAUUCCUUGCUAUCACUCCACGAGAAAGCCGUGCAAUACUUUCGGCGAGCACUGACCCUCGAUCGCAAUUGCCUCUCGGCCUGGACGCUCAUGGGCCACGAGUACGUGGAGCUCAAGAAUACGCAUUCGGCGAUCGAGUCGUACCGCCGCGCCGUCGACGUAAACAGGCGGGACUAUCGCGCUUGGUACGGCCUGGGCCAAACGUAUGAGGUGCUCGAGAUGCAUGCUUAUGCGCUGUGGUACUACAAAAAGGCGGCGGGGCUGCGGCCGUGGGAUGGGAAAAUGUGGAUGGCCGUCGGCUCGUGUCUCCAACGGAUGGGCAGGAAUCUUGAUGGCAUCAAGGCGUUGAAACGCGCCCUGCUGGCAGAGAGCUACUACGACACGAACAGCAGCUUUGGCAGUGGGGGAAGCAGCGCUGGUGGUCUACGGGGCGCGCACAUGGAUCCUGAGAUCUUGCUGCAAAUUGCAACCAUGUACGACGACAUGAAAGAGGAAGACGACGCGAGAGCGUACAUGGAAAUGUGCGUCGCGCAGGAGGAGGGCCCUUCUGCCAACGAGCUUGGCGACAGUAUUCAAAUCCAUAAGGACGACGGAUCAGACGACGAUGGUGAGGACAGGAGGAACGGAGGCGGGCUGGGAGGGGACGGCACGGGCGUCACGGCCGCGACUAGUAAAGCACGCAUGUGGCUUGCUCAGUACGCCAUGAGGGUGCAGGACUGGACCACUGCCAAUAGGCUCGCCAACGAGCUUUGUCAGGAUGGGGUCGAGGUUGAAGAAGCCAAGGCCUUGAUCAGAGAGGUUCGGUCACGGAUGGAAGCUCCAGGGACGGAGGCGGGCCCGGCGCAAUGA